AUGCAACUGGAUGGACCGGUAACCCGAGUGACGAAAACACCGCCGCGAAGUAUUCAGUGGAGAACCUCGGCAGAGGACAAACUGGUCAAAUGGAAAAUGAUAUUUGACGACCUUCUCGGCGAAAUAUCGGUUCUAGAUUUGCCCUCUUCAGCAUUCAAGGCCCCGCGAAGCAGUGACAAAUGCUGUCGUUUGUCUCCUGUCAAGACACGAUCAAAGUCCACCGUUGCAACUUUCGCAUCCUGCACUCCUUUGGAGGCUCUGGGUUUGUCCGAGUUUGACGAUUCUCCCGACGGACCCGGCUCGCAUACCCCCAGUCGAAGGCCCCGGGGUACCCGCUUCACCGAUUUCUCAACCUUACCACCAUCGUCAGCUGCAACAAAGUCACGAGCAGGCUCUCACUCGAAUGGCAAGUCUCGCCAGUAUUGCACGAAAUGGUGCCUCUUAGGCUUGGGCACGAGAGGGGUAUUGGAUCAGAAAUGCCCCAAUGUGCUGGAUCAUGGAGACUGUCGACAUCCAAUCAGUCAGGCGACACUCAUUCGUCUCUUGAGUCGGCAACUCUCUGGGCUUGACCCGCGGGCCUGA